ACGGGAGGAGUAGAUGGUGGAGUGGAUUAAGGAACACUCGACUCGUCAACCCCGGCAGUCCGCCAGCAUCAAACAGCGAGCGCCAUCAACGGCGUAUUGACAACACCCAUCAUCCCAUCUCGUCCAUCUCCUCAAUCGAUCUCUUAUCUCACAACAGCGAUCCACAUCCCUACAGGCGGCGUGAGCCGCUCAUUCCGACCGCCAGGACAUACACCAUGUCCAUGUUCCCCCAGCGCCAGGACAGUGUGUCCUCGUCCCACUCGCGCGCCUCGGCCCCCGUCUCGAGGCAGCAUCACUCUCCCCCCGAUCCGUCUGUGCAUGGCGUGCACAAGCAUUCGCCCUUCGACGCCCGCCCCUCCCUCUCUCCCACCACCCCCGCCGCGCACACCCUCGCGAGCCUCUCACGCGGCCAGCCUUACUAUCAGCAUCCGCAUCCGCACCCGCACCCGCACCCGCAUUCACACCAGCAGCAGCACAACCCGCACCCGCACCCGCAGCACAACCCAUACCCGCCUCUACCGCCGGGCGCGGCCUCUGGCACGAGCAGCAGAGAGCGCAGCGAGACCGGCCGCCCGACCAGCGCCGUGCUCGCCGCCCUCGCGUCCUCAGACCUCGAGUAUCCGGGUAUAAUGCCCCCGCGCGAGGUGGACGGCAAGCCACUACAGCCGCGGCCGUACGACGCGUGGGAGCGCGACCGCGAUCUCGGAUACGGGCCGCCGCCGCCGCCGCCGCCGCCACCGCCGCCGCAGCAGCAGAAGCGCGACUCCCUACCCCCGGUCGCCGCCAAGGCCGAGGACUUGCCGCCGAAGAAGCGGCGCAGGAAAGGCGGCGCGGGAAACACUGACAUCCCCGACGACGCCGAGGUCGAGUACGCCGACCCGGACGGCGACACGACCCGCGGUCCCGUGUUUGUGCAUCCCCCGAAGGGCGCCGUGCAGGCGUGCGUGCGCUGCCACAGGAUCAAGCGCAAGUGCGACGGCGCGUUCCCACGCUGUGCGAGCUGCACGCGCGCCGACGUGCCCUGCGUGUUUGAGCUGAGCGCGGCGACGUCAACAUACGUCCAUACGCUAAAAGACACGAACGCGAGCCUCACGAGCGAAGUAGAAGCAGCGAACGCGCGCAUCCGCGCUCUGGAAGAACAGAUCGCACGCAGCGGCGCACCCGUCCCGGCUCCCCUUCCGCCGACGAGUGUAGGAGACCUUGUCGGCGCGUCAAACUCAGGCGAAUUUGCCCGCAUGGCCGUCAGCGCGUUGAGUAUGCGUGAGCACGCCGCGCUUGGAAUGGAGGGCCGACGCGCCCCGAGCCGCGUCCGUUCCCUCUCCCCUCCUGCGGAGCCCAUCACAGAGCUACUUACACACGAAGGAGCGCACAAGGCCGCAAAGAUGUACUUUGACUUUAAUGCGCUGUCGUAUCCACUGCUCGACAAGGCUGAGACGCUCGCAACAAUCGACGAGAUGUACGGCGCUGAGCCGCAGCAACCCCGGCCGCCGAAGCGCCGCACGACCAGCUCGUCAACGAACAGCGACGCGAGCGAAGACGCCGAGCGGCGCCAGUUCCUCGCUGGCAUGGUGUUGGCUAUCGGGAGUCACAACAGUGCGCGGGCGGGCGAGAACGACGCGCAGGGCGCGCUGGCCGAGAAGAUAUACCGCUCCGCACUGCGAAAUCGGGCACGCGCACUCGAGCGAGAAAACAUGCUCUGCGUCCAGGCGCUCUGCCUCCUCGCGCUGUGGACGAUGAGCAACCCCGCCGCAGGGAGUAUAUGGCAGCUCGUGGGCCUCGCCGCCCGCGUCAUCACUGCCAUCGGAUUGCAUCGCCGCGCCGAGCCCAACGUCAACCCGCAUGCGGCUGAGUGCCGGCGCCGGCUGUUCUACGCGUUCUACAACAUCGACCGCAUCCUCGCCCCCACACUAUGUAAACCCCUCGCUAUCUCCGAAGAGGACAUCGACAUCGAGUUGCCGACCCAGCGGCCUGAAGACGGCACGUUCCGCGGCCACCCGCUCAUGAACCUCACCCGCCAUGUAGUACGAUACCGCGGGCUGAUGGGGCGCAUCCUCACCGAACUUUACUCUGUCAACGGGGCGAACAACCACAAGCCCGAACCCGAGCGCAUCGGUAUCGUGCACCGCCUCCACGCCGAGCUCGACGCAUGGAUCGUCGACUGCCCCCCGCCAAUGGACACACAAGGGCAGAAUACACCCAAGGCAAACUACAGCUCGUGGUGGCAGAUCCACUACAACCACGGGUUGUGUACGCUCUACCGCCCGUCUCCUCUGUAUCCGGACACGACGCCUGAGACGCUGCGGGCGCUGUACGACGCGAGCUCGCGCUGCGUCGACCUCUACCUCGACAUGUACGCGGUGAACAAGACGAGUUUCCACUUGCUGCAGAUCAUUGCACUCUUCGUGUCGUGCAUCUCCCUCCUGUGCUGCCUGUGCGAGUGCGACGCGCGCAUGCGCGCGGCCGAGACGUCGCCCGAGACGGCCGCGACGCUCGCCGAGCUCGGCUUGGGCCGCUACACGGGCGCGGACGACCCGGCGUGGGCGGCCGAGAUCCGUGGGCGCGUGUCGCAGUGCCAGAGCCUGUUCGACGCCUUCGGGCACCACCUCCCCGCCUCGGCAAAGUACCGCGACACGUUCUUCCGCAUCUCCGAGCUGCUGCUGGCGCGCUACGGGCCGUUGGAGAAGGCGGACGCCGGUGCGCAAGGCAACGGGCACGAACACGGGCCUGGGGCGGCGGAUCCGCCCGCGUACGCGCCCGUCAUGGACGUGACGCCGACAGGGCUGGUUCCCCAGGUCGCGCCGGGCGAGAAGGCGCCGCCGAUGCCCGGCGCCGACGACAUGGCGGGGGCGUGGGACGCGAUGACGCAGCUCUGGUUCGAUCUCGGCGACAUGUUCGGGGACGAGAGCGAUCCGUUCGCGACAAUCGACAACUGGGCCGGCGAGUGGGGCGGCACCCUCGUCGGCGACGGCGUGCCGGGGCACGACGAGAUCGGCUGGAACCGGCUGCGGUAGUUGUAUUGUACACUAUGCAUUGUCUAAGCAGGC